AUGGCGGGAGAAGAAGAGAAGUCUCCAACUAUCCGGAAUCCUCGAACCGAAGAUCCCGGUUUAGUCGAGCUCGCACAGACUAGCAGGUGCUUGGAGCAAGUUACCAAUAUCUGGCUCGAAAAUCCCUCGUCGACUUACACGUCCCGCUGCGAACGCUGCUCCAACUGUAAUCCAGCCCUCAAACUCCCAACACCUUACACUUUCGUCCACGAAAUGCCGCAAUCAAAAUCCGCGACCCAGAUCGCUAUGAACAGCGACACAGUUGCUGAGAUUCACAAUCUCUUACUUAAAUGGCGAGGGGAGCUUUGGAGGAGGGAAUGGAAGGAUGAAUGGCCGUCUUACGGGCCCGAGUGCCUUGUAACUGACAGUGGCUUGCUGUCGAUCGCAAAGAAUGCCCUCAAGAUUUCGACCGCUGAUGAUUUAUACAAUGUGACACCAAUCAUCCAUCUCGACGACCUCGCCCCUUCCCUUCUUCAAACCUUGGAGAACAUCACUCGGACUGUAUGCGGAACGACAGCUCGCGAACAGCAGAAGCAAAUUGAGGAGGCACUUUCCAGGAAUUCCGAGCAGGUGGCUACACCAUCAUCUACGCCGUCGAUUGAAUGGGCUCCUCUUCAAAUGCCAUGUCAUUUUGAUACCAAUUAG